AUGGCGGAAACAGCCGACCGCCAAGAUGGCCAUCUGGAGAAGCGAUUCUCAAAACUGACCAUGAUUGGCAUGGCCUUUGCCAUUCUGAAUACGUGGAUUUCUCUAGCCGGAUCCAUCGGUUUGGUUAUGCCAUCUGGAGGUUCUGUCUCAUUCGUCUACGGGUUCAUCUUCUGCGUUCUAUGUAACAUUUGUUUGAGUGCCAGCGUCGGCGAACUCGCAUCUAUCUACCCGACUGCUGGCGGGCAGUACCACUACGCCUACGCCCUAUCAACUCAAAAGUGGAAGAAGAUGAUGAGCUUUUUCGUUGGAUGGGUGAAUAUUGCGGGCUGGCUCACUCUGAACACGACAGCUGCAUUGUUUGGAGCCCGAUUUCUGGCAGCGGCUGCUGUAGCUGGUUCUGGCGGUACCUACCAGAUUACCCAAUGGAGCACCUACUUGAUAUUUGUCGCAAUUUCAAUGGCCGGCGUGUUCCUAAAUUUAUUUUGCUACCCAAUCUUGAACCGGUGGAACGAGGGAGCUCUGUAUUGGUCCCUGGUCAGCGUCGUCGUUAUCAGCAUUGUACUGCUCGCUACAUCCCCGAAGACAGACGCCGAGUUUGUGUUCACCAACUUCUCCAAUACCACAGGCUGGAGUGACGGCACCGCAUGGAUGCUUGGGCUACUCCAGUCCGCCCUCAGUCUUAUUGGUUUCGAUGCGGUGGCUCACAUGACCGAGGAGAUGCCCAAUCCGUCCAUGGAUGCUCCCCAAGCCAUGGUUGGAGCCGUCCUUGUCGGCGGAGUAACUGGAAUCGUGUUCAUACUGGUCAUGCUCUUCUGUGCCGUCGAUAUCGACGCUCUGCUCGCUUCACCCACGCAGAGUCCAUUGACAGAAAUGAUACUGCAAGCAACACGAAGUAAAGCAGCCGCAACUAUCCUUAGCGUCGCCGUAGCUGUGUGCUUUCUCAAUGGAGCCAACGGCUGUGUCACAUCCGGCAGCCGCCUCAUAUGGGCAAUGGCUCGAGACAAUGGCACACCUUGUUCGAAAUAUCUAUCAAAAUUACACCCAAAACUGAAUGUGCCUGUUCGUGCCAUUGUUGUGCAAGCUAUCUUUAACGUUUUGUUUGGCCUCCUUUACCUUGGCCCUGAUGUCGCUUUUAAUGCGUACAUUGCAAGUUGCACUCUCUUUUUGAAUCUAUCAUAUGCGCUGCCAGUCAUGAUUCUUCUCGCCAGAGGGCGGCAGCUAGUAACAGCCAAUCCACCUGUAUUCACGCUGGGUCGAGGCCUUUUUGGUUAUGCCAUUAACUGGACAUCUGUUCUGUUCGUGCUUGUAACCUCUGUUUUCUUCUGCUUUCCUCCCGCCAUCCCAAUCAACAUUUCUACUAUGAAUUAUGUAACGGCUGUAGUUGGUAUCUUCAUUGUAUACGCGGUGGUCUUAUGGUUUGCCAUAAAGAAGUCUUACAAUGGUCCAAAGUUCGAACUCAUUCUUGGAGAGGAGCUCCCAAUCGCAAACGAUACUAUCCAAGAAUUCCCCUCGCCAAAGGGAGACGACCUGUUGCGGCAUAAUAAGGACUAA